AUGGCCUCUAAAUUCAGACAGCCGCAGUGGCUAAAGAGCAACGGGUUUGCGCCACACUUCGACUCACACGAAAAGGCGGUCACGGCCUACAACGCGCUAGUUGAGCUCAAGUACAUGCGUCAAGUGUCAAAACGGAAGGAGGCAGAGGCUUUGAGGAAAAGAAACCAGUUCCAGCAAAUUUGGUACUUCGGCCAGUACCGUCCGACCUGGGCUCAGGAGUCCGUGAGCGAUCUCACCACCGUGCUAGACGAAUUAAGACUAUCCUCGAAAAUUUACUGGGACUCUCUAUGGCGUAAAGGAGACGACAAGUACUGGAAAGAUUUGCAAGUGGAGCACGACGAGCUGGACAAGGUAAGUCCAAGAGAGAAAUUCGUUGCGCUGAGCGAAGUCGAGCAAAAAUGGAAAGAAGAACAGCAAGCUGCUGAGGCCGAACAACAGCCACAACCUGCCGUGUAA